UAAAUCAGUUGGGCAUUGCGUCAUCAUGCAAGCGAAGCUAGAAUGUGUUUUAUUUAUAAUUAAUAUCCUAAACAAUCAUAAAUUCCCAUAUGAAACAUGGUGUCAGGUGAAAACAAUUUAAAAAAGAUCCUUAGUGUUGUAAACAAAAAGAAAAUAAGAUUAGUAACACAAUAUCUAUAUGUACUUCAGUUUGAGGUUUGCUAAGCGGUGCUUAGAAAUAAAAGAUGGUGGAAGACAACAAAAUGGAAAAAAUAAUGGUAGGAUCCAUAAAGCCGCCUGUGGGAUAUUCAAUAAUUGAUGGAGACUCAUGGAAAAAGUAUAAGCAGAUAUUCAACCUAUAUUUAGUAGCAACAGGCUUGGAAAAACAAGAGGAUGAAAGGAAAAUUGCAGUUUUCCUAUCAUGCGCGGGAGACGAGAUGCUGGAUGUAUACAAUGGAUUAGGAGUGAUAAAGAGUUGGAAGGCAUUAGAGGAAAAUCUGGACAAUCACUUUGGUACCAAAAAUAACACAGUGGCCAAUAGUUACAAAUUUUUCAAUUUAAGGCAAGAGGAAGAGGAAAAAGUAGAUCGUUUUGUUACAAGGCUUAGGAAUGCAGCUAAGAUCUGUGAUUUUAAAGAAGAAAAGAGAUUGAUAAGAGAUAUGUUAACAAUAGGAGUAAAAGACGUUAGUCUCAAGGAAAGAUUAUUAUGGGAAGCAGAUUUAACAUUAGAAAAGGCGAUAAAUUUAUGUCAAGCAGCAGAAAAUAGCAAAAAACAAAUAAAGGAGAUGGAGAAUAAUGCGAAGGAAAUAAGUUUCAUGAAGGAAAGUUCGGCUAAAAAGGAUCAUCGGCAGAAGAUGUUUCAUUGUAAUAGAUGUGGAAGACAACAUGAAUAUAGAAAUUGUCCUGCGUAUGGAAAGAAGUGUGCUUUGUGUUCAACAUUCAAUCAUUUUGCGGUAAUGUGUCGAUACAAAAAUAAAAAAGAAGAAAAACCACCAGGCACAACAAAACAGUUACAUAAAAAAGUACAAGGAGUGAAGGAGUCAAAUAAUAGUGAGGACAGUAGUAGUGAGGAAUUCGGACCAUAUUCAGAAAAGGUGUCUUCACAGUAUUAGAUCUCAA